AUGGUUCGCCUACAACUUUCUAUCAAAGCAGAACUCGAAAAUGUUACAGAUCUUGAGCCUGCAGGCGACGACUUUGAAUACUUCUUUCAAGUGAAAUGUAACAGCUGUAACGAAGUUCACCCCAAGUUUGUCUCUCUCAACCGCAAAGAAGAAUAUGAGGUUUCUGGAGGCAAAGGCAGUAAAGCCCACUUUGUGUGGCGUUGUGGGUUGUGCAAACGCGAAAGUUCAGCGAAAUUCGAAACAGCUUCGCCUGUCAAAGCCUACGACUCAGAAAAUGGGCAACUUAAGCAACUGCUUGUUAUCGAAUGCCGCGGGCUUGAAUUUAUAGGAUUCGAUCCCAGAGGUAUUUGGAAAUGCAAGGGGAUGAAAGGGUCGGUAUUCUCAGAGGUCGAUUUGACUGAAGGCGAAUGGAACGACUACGACGAGAAGGCGGCUCUUCCUGUCGGCAUUUCUGACAUCGGCAGUACGUGGAGCAGAGCUUAA